CCUAGAGUCCCCAGACUGGCUGGUUCACUCACCUCUUUGCCCCGCCAAAAGGUUGUUUUCACUACCUAUUUACACGAUACUUGCUGCUGCUUUUGCUAAUGGUAGUACACACCAUCCGCCCCAACCGCCGUCUCGCCCUUACAAACAACCGUCGUGCUCCUGAAUCCUUGCUAGGCAUACUUCGCUACCGAAAAGCCGCGUCGUCUACAAAGCCCAUACCAGGCGCAUAGCCCCAUAGCCUGCCUCCCUUCACUCCCCCGCUUCACAUCUCUUGCCUCUCCAGCACUUGCCCAUCAUGGAUAAGAUUACGGACAAGAUAGCCGCUUUGCCGGCCGACGCCAACUAUUUCUCCCUCGAAUUCUUCCCGCCCAAAACCGCUUUGGGCUUCUCAAACUUGCGCGACCGUCUCGAUCGAAUGGCACGCGCCCUGCGGCCGCUGUUCGUCAACGUUACCUGGGGUGCAGGCGGCUCUACUGCAACCAAGUCCCUUGAAUUGGCCGAGAUAUGCCAGAGAGAACUCAAUCUCACCACGUGUUUGCAUCUUACGUGUACCAACAUGAGCCGCAAGAUGAUCGAUGGCGCAUUGGAGGAUGCUAAGGCUCUCGGAGUACGAAACAUACUGGCUCUAAGGGGCGAUCCUCCCCGAGCCGCCGAAUACCGGGAUGCAAAUGAAAAUCCAGAGAACGCCAUUGAUGAGGGGUUCGUAUGGGCUAUCGAUCUCGUCAAAUACAUCAAAAACAAAUAUGGCGACUAUUUUUGCGUCGGCGUCGCCGCCUACCCGGAAGGGCACGCGGACGAGAGCCAUCCGUUGGGUCAGAGCCUAGAGCAUGAUCUCCCUUAUCUAGUCGAGAAGACUCUUGCGGGAGCUGACUUUCUCAUGACCCAACUCUUCUUCGAUACAGCUGCUUAUGAGAAGUUUGAGCGGACGUUAAGAGAGCACCCCAGCGCGGCUUUCAAGACGAUACCAAUCAUCCCUGGCCUCAUGCCCAUACAAAGCUAUCAGAUGAUCAAGCGGACAACUAAGUUGAGCCACGCCAACGUUCCUGAUGACAUAAUGGCGCGGUUGGAUGCCGUCAAAAAAGACGACGAGAAGGUGAAAAGCGUCGGCGUCGACAUUCUAUGCGAGAUUAUCGAGCGAGUCAAACAAAUCCAGGGCAGCAUACCAGGCCCUAGGGGAUUCCACUUUUAUACAUUGAACCUAGAAAAGGCCGUUUCUUUUAUCAUCGAACGAGCGCACUUGAUAUCUAGUACGCCUGAGGACGCAACUGUGGAUGAUAGUCCGUUACCACAUAUACCGGGCCUCGCGAUCAACGGCUCGUCGUCGUGGGAACUUCACCCUCCCGGGACGUGUCAGUCACGGAGGCAAUCCACUGUUGGUUCGGAGGCACGUAACCGAGUUAUUGUGUCGGAACGUACUCCAUCGAAUCCCGAAUACGAGACUUCGCAGGCAGAUAUAGGGAUACGGGGGCCAAUCAAUACCCGUUCCAACACUCUUGCGAUUUCUGAGGGUGAGGGUGUCCUUGGCCGCGAGGCUACUUGGGAUGACUAUCCUAAUGGUCGUUGGGGCGAUGCUCGGUCUCCCGCCUACGGCGAGAUAGACGGCUAUGGACCAACACUCCACGUAACACGAGCACAGGCCAUAUCGCUUUGGGGCUAUCCCAGGAGCCUUGAGGAUGUCAGUACACUAUUUGUGCGCCAUUUGAAAGGAGAGCUCACCGCAAUUCCCUGGGGUGAAGAAGAGGUACAUGAAGAGACGGAGACAAUAACAGAACAGCUGAUACGACUAAAUCAGCGGGGACUUUGGACAGUUGCUUCGCAACCUGCCGUCAAUGGAGUUCGCUCGGAGGAUCCGACUUUCGGCUGGGGUCCUCGCUACGGCUUCGUAUUUCAAAAGGCAUUUGUGGAAUUCUUCGUCUCAGCCGCCGCAUGGAAGAGGUUGCGCGAGAAGUUAAUGACCCCUGAGAUUAGCGGCAAGGUGACAUACUACGCCGCGAAUGCGGCCGGCGACUUUGUAUCAUCGGACUUCUCAAGUGGUGUCGACGUCGUGAUGAGCAACACGAACAACAGCAGUUACGACACGGGCGAAAGUAGUACUAACGCUGUGACCUGGGGCGUAUUUCCCGGUAAAGAGAUCUUGACACCCACGAUCAUCGAAGAGGUCAGCUUCCGCGCAUGGGCCGAGGAAGCAUUCGGAAUUUUCAGCGAAUGGGCGCAGGUGUAUGGGAAGGGACACGACAGUGAGAGGCUUCUUGAAACGGCACGUGCUGAUUGCUGGUUGGUUAAUAUUAUACAUCAUGAUUAUAUGGAUAAAGAGGCUCUGUGGAAUUUCUUGUUGGCAUAAUGCAGCAAGAUUAAUUGAAAUAGAAUCAAGAAGUUACAUAACUAGGAAAGCAUGAAAGCAGAUGGAGGGAUCAAGCGAAAACUCAAGAGUCGAAAAAUAAACUAUUACAUCAGGUUACCGAACCCGAGUUCUUUCCCUGAUAUCUACCUAUUGAUGGAUAUGUGCCAUAACACAAAGAUCUUGAAUACACAGCAAUUAAUUAAACA